AUGGCCUCGCCCCUCCGCUGUGCGCGCUCUGGAGCCGCAUUCACGGCCCAGAUUCCCUCGACCAUGCGCGCCGCGAAUCUGCCUACCGUUUGCCGCCGAUAUUUAAACCAAGAUGUCAGAAUCACCCGGACCGGCAAGCCUAUCCUGACCGUGGCAGGCGGCAGAUCUUCCCUUGGAGGUUAUACCGCGACUGUGUUUGGAGCAACUGGCUUUCUGGGACGCUACAUUGUGAAUCGCCUCGCGCGCUCGGGAUGCACUGUCAUUGUGCCCUUCCGCGAGGAGAUGGCGAAGCGACAUCUCAAGGUUGCCGGUGAUCUCGGCAGGGUGGUGUUCUUGGAAAUGGACUUGCGCAACACACAAUCCCUGGAGGAGUCCGUUCGACACUCUGACAUUGUCUACAACCUGAUUGGCCGUGACUACCCUACCAAGAAUUUUGACUUGGAAGAUGUACACGUGGAGGGCACGGAACGCAUCGUGGAGGCUGUCGCCAAGUACGAUAUUGACCGAUAUGUGCACGUUUCUUCGCACAGCGCCAGCCUCGACUCCCCAUCCGAGUUCUACCGCACCAAGGCCCAAGGCGAACAAGUAGCCCGGAACAUCUACCCCGAAACUACGAUCGUACGGCCCGCGCCUAUGUUCGGUUUUGAGGAUCGUCUUCUGAACCGUCUCGCUGGCGCAACUAACGUCUUGACUUCGAACUGGAUGCAAGAGUAUCUCUACCCCACGCACGUCAUCGACGUUGGCAUGGCCUUGGAGAAAAUGCUGCAUGACGACACCACCGCCGCCGAGACUUUCGAGCUCUAUGGCCCGACCGGUUACACCAUGGCCGAAAUCAAUGAGCUCGUUGGCAACGAAAUUAUCAAGAACAGGCGUCACGUCAACGUUCCUAGGAGACUACUCAAGCCCAUUGCUGCUGCGCUCAACAAGUACAUCUGGUGGCCUACCAUUUCAGCGGACGAGGUCGAGCGAGAGUUUAUUGACCAGACUAUCGACCCUAAGGCCAAAACAUACAAGGAUCUCGACAUCGAGCCCGUAGACCUAAAGAGCGUGCUCUACGAGUACCUGAAAGGAUAUCGAAGCCCAUCAUACUACGACCUUCCACCCAUGACGGAGCGGGAGAAGCGAGAAGAGAAGAAGUAUCUCCAUGUCAUCGACGACCAAUAG